CGGCGCGGGAUGGACGCGCAGGACUGCCAGGCGGCGGCAACGCCCGAGCCGCCCGGGCCCCCAGCCCGUGGCUGCGUGGCCGCCUGGUGGGACAUGGUCGACCGCAACCUGCGAUCUUUUCCACACUCCUGUUCAAUGCUUGGAAGAAAAAUUGCUGCUCUGUAUGACAGCUUUACUAGUAAAUCCUUAAAAGAACACCUUUUCCUUCCUCUGAUAGACAUGCUAAUUUAUUUUAAUUUUUUCAAAGCCCCAUUUCUUGUGGAUUUAAAGAAACCAGAGUUAAAGAUUCCUCACACAGUGAACUUCUACCUGAGAGUUGAACCCGGGGUGAUGCUAGGGAUCUGGCACACAGUCCCCAGCUGCCGGGGGGAAGAUGCCAAGGGGAAGGACCGUUGCUGGUAUGAAGCAGCCCUUCGCGAUGGGAACCCAAUUAUUGUUUAUCUUCAUGGCAGUGCAGAACACAGGGCAGCUUCUCACAGACUGAAGCUGGUAAAGGUGCUGAGUGAUGGUGGCUUUCAUGUCUUGUCUGUUGACUACAGAGGAUUUGGGGACUCUACGGGUAAGCCCACAGAGGAGGGACUAACUACGGACGCCAUUAGUGUCUAUGAGUGGACCAGGGCAAGAAGUGGCAUCACUCCCGUGUGUCUCUGGGGCCACUCUCUGGGUACAGGAGUUGCAACAAAUGCUGCAAAAGUGCUAGAAGAAAAAGGAUGCCCAGUUGAUGCUAUUGUCUUGGAAGCUCCAUUUACCAACAUGUGGGUUGCAAGUAUCAAUUAUCCCUUGUUAAAGAUUUACCGGAACAUUCCAGGAUUUUUACGUACACUUAUGGAUGCCCUGAGAAAAGACAAAAUAGUCUUUCCUAAUGAUGAAAAUGUUAAAUUCCUUUCUUCUCCUCUUCUCAUCUUACAUGGAGAGGAUGACAGGACAGUGCCUUUGGAGUAUGGGAAAAAGGUCUAUGAAAUUGCAUGCAAUGCAUACAGGAACAAAGAGAGGGUCAAGAUGGUUAUCUUUCCUCCUGGCUUCCAACACAACCUGCUUUGUAAAAGCCCCACACUGUUAAUAACCGUGAGGUAA